CAGUCACAGAAGAUAGAUCUAACCCGGAGACACAGAGGGAAGAGAGAGAGAGAGAAAAAAAAUCGAUGAUUAGGGUUUAAUCAAGAAGACAAACUUUAUGUUAGGGUUUAGGUUUGGGAUAUGACUCAUGCUCGAGAAUGGAGAAGCUCCUCUCUAUUAAUGGUGAUCUUGCUUUCUUCUCUACUCCAUCUCUUCUGUCUAAAUUCCCGGGGUGGGGCAUUUCGGGUAUUUCCAGAAACUUCGACAAGUACCGUCUCUCCAGGUCCUGAUAAUAGCCAAGGAGAUCUAAUGAAGAAGUAUUUCGGCGCCGGAAAAUUUCCUCCGGUGGACUCUUUAGCCGGAAAAGGGAUCAGUGACAGUAAAAGAACGGUACCAAGUUGUCCAGAUCCUCUCCAUAACUAGUAGAAGCAGUUUUUUGAUUUUUUGUUUUCAUUUCUUUUCUUUUCUUGGUGCCUCUUUACUUAAUCAAUCCAAUCAACAAGUGUAUUUUACCCAAAAUACCCACGUUUUUCU